GCCGUAAAACACAUUUUCCCGACCUGCUAGUGAAGAGAGACAGAAGGAGGCCUUAAAGCUUAUACAUUUAUAGACGAUGAAAGCAGGAUUAUUGAAACGCACUUUCAUUUUAUAGGCAGUAUUAUAGUCUUUCUCACGAUGAUCAUAGAGAAUGUGGAAGCAUUGAAGUCGUGGCUGGCAAAACUCCUGGAGCCAAUAUGUGAUGCUGACCCCUCUGCGUUAGCCAACUAUGUGGUGGCUCUUGUGAAGAAGGACAAACCGGAGAAAGACCUGAAAGCACUUUGUGCUGAUCAGCUUGAUGUCUUUCUACAGAAAGAGACAACAGGAUUUGUCGAUAAACUUUUUGAAUGUCUGACAACAAAGAACUACCUUGGAAACUCUGUUGCCAAGGAAGUUCCUAAAGAAGAGGUCAAACCACCUGCAGUCAAAUCUGAUGUUGUGGAGGCUGAAACUCCGGAGGAGGAGAGAGAAAACCGGCGGAGGAGAAGUCCUCUGAGAAACAUCGAGUCCAGGCCGCGCGACGACAGAAGGCGAGAUGAGCGCAAGCGCCGCGACUUCGAUCGGCACGGGAAAAGCCUCAGCGACUCCCACCGCGAGCGGGAGCGUCACGAACGUCGCAGGGGCAGCCCCCGGGGGAGGAGCUACAGCCGGAGCAGGAGCCGCAGCCGGAGCAGGAGUGGCAGCCGAGGAAAGAGCAGAGACAGAGAGCACAGAGGAGGCAGAGAAUACAAGUCAAAGUUUGAGUUGGAAAGGAAGGAUACAGACUGCUACAACUCUUCCAACACGUCGGGCUCCCAGCAGCAGCACCAGUCCCCUCUCCUGCCCCUGCCGCUGCCCACACCUCCGCACCCCUUUUCUUCAACGUCGUCCGCAGGAGUCUCGGGAGCUGGCGGUGUUUCCGUAGUUACACUGGCCCACCUGCCAGAUAGCACUACAGACAGCUGGUCAGGCUACUACAGCGCCCAGAGGCAAGAUGGUGUCGGCAAGCCAUUCAGCAACAAGAAUGUUUCGCUCAAACAGCGCUGCAGGGAUUACGACGAAAAGGGAUUCUGUGUCCGUGGUGACCUUUGUUUAUUCGACCAUGGCAACGACCCUCUCAUCGUCGAUGAUGUGAAUCUACCAAACAUUAUUCCGUUUCCUCCCCCACCUGUUAUGCCCCCCGGUGGCCUGCCCAUGCCUCCCAUCACCGAGCCACCCCCUCCGCUCCGGAUGCCUGCGAUGCCACUUUACGGCCAGCCGCCACCACCGGGCGUCUUCCCCAUGACCGGACCCCCACUGAUAGCUACUAGUGGGGUUGAAACCCCCAACCACCCAACGGCAAUCACUUCUUCCCCUCCCAUCGGACCGCCCGGUGUAGGGCUGCCGCCUACUCUUCCUCCUCCUCCUCCUCCUCCACCUCCUCCCUCCUCGUCUUCAUCUGUGUCUCUUCGUCCCCAAUAUGUCCCGUCUGAAUAUAAUUAUGACCCAGAGGGCUAUAACCCAGAAUCACCUGCCCUGACUGCAGCGGGGCGUAACCCGUACAGUCAGUUCAUUCCCCGGGUGCACACGCAGCGCUCCAACCUCAUCGGCCUCACCUCCAACGAAGGACAAGGCUCCAGAGCUGCCAACAUCGUGAUCCAGACAGAGCCUGCCACUGCAGCCAACACUCCUGGAAGCAACGUGUCCCGUUUCAACACGGAGAAGGACAACAGGAAGAGAAGCAUGGGAACCAGCAUACCAGAGGGACCAGCGCCGAAGCAGAUUUGGAUUGAUAAGCCAAGCUUUAACAACCAACACAAGAACACUUUUCCCAAGAGGUAUCACUAUGUGAACACCAAGUUGGAAGUGCGCAAGAUCCCACGUGAGCUCAAUAACAUCACCCAGCUCAACGAGCACUUCAGCAAGUUCGGAACCAUCGUCAACAUCCAGGUUGUGUUUGGUGGAGACCCAGAGGCGGCGUUGAUCCAGUACACACAGAAUGAAGAGGCCAGGCGAGCCAUAUCCAGCACAGAGGCGGUCCUGCAAAACCGCUUCAUACGUGUGUACUGGCACCGCGAGCCCGGCACUAACCCCACAGGGCUGCAGCAGCAGGAACAGAGCUCCGGGAGCCAGGCAGUGGGCUCAGCACCCAGCCAGGGGCUGCAGCACAGCAACAUGCAUAAGAUGCAGGCGAUAAAGCAGCACAAUCCAGCUGCAUACGUGUUGAACAACACCGUACCCAAGCACCGGGUGCCAGCACUACCAGGGGCCCCAGCCACAACCAAAGCAGACAGCCUGAACCCAAAUGCAGACGCUGUCACUGUGGUGCAUGCACUGACACACACCCAGAAGAGCCCUUACAAUUCAACAACACUCAAGUCAUCCUCAAAGAGCUAUGGGAGAACAGGAAAGGCACUAGAAGCACAGGAAGUCCACAAGAAGAAACAGGAGGCAAUUAAACUCCAGCAGGACAUGAGAAAGAAGAAGCAAGAGAUGUUGAAGACACAGAUCGAGUGUCAGAAGGCCUUGAUAAACCGCUUGGAGAAGAACCGAGGGAUGAAACCAGAGGAGCGAGCCAACAUCAUGAAGACGCUGAAGGAGCUGACUGAGAAGAUCGCGCAGCUGCAGAAUGACAUGAACCCCGCCUCCCAGGUAUCCAGCGCCAAACCAAACCACGCCCAGUCCAAGACCAAGACUGAUGCCCAGAAGGAGUUGCUGGAUGCUGAGUUGGACUUCCACAAGAAGAUGAGCUCCGGAGAAGACACAACAGACCUCAAGAGAAAACUAGGACAGCUACAGGUCGAGGCCACCAGGUUGGGUCUGAUACGGCCUCCAACGGGCCGAGGUCGGGGCCGAGGGAAGAUGGCGAUGGAGCCCGGUGCGGGACAUGUGGGCCGCGGCAGGGGCCGAAGCAGGGAUAUGAUGGGUCGAGGCGGGACUGUGAACCGCAUGUCGGUGGACCACAGACCAAGAGCCCUGGCUAUUUUGGGGGUCACUCAAGAGGAGAAGGAGGAGCUAAUGCCUCACUUUGUGAAAUUUGGCGAGAUUGAAGAGGUCCGUGAUCAAGACGCUAACACUGUUGUCAUUACCUUUAUGUCCCGAAGUGAAGCAGAGAAUGCAGCUAACCAGGGAGCUAAGUUCAAAGGUCGUGUGCUGCAGAUUUCCUGGUACAAGCCCAAGACGCCCUCCGUUACAACAGAGCCAGAGGAGGAAGAGGCUAAAGAUGAUGAAAAUACGAGGAAAGCAAGCUCUUAUUUGCCUGGUGAGGAGGAAGAGGAGGAGGAGGAUGACGAUGAAGAUGACGAGUAUGAGAGUCGAUCAUGGAGACGAUGAAGGCGUGCGAUUCGUCCCGACCGUUGAAACAAUAACACGGAACUUUUUUUUUCUUUCCAGUAUUUUGAAACCAAGUAAUUUUUAGACUCUAAUCGAAGUAAUAAGGAGUUUACGUAACUGUUCAUCAGAAGAAGUUUAGAGGGCCGAUAGUUUUUGUAUCCCUCGACUGAACAAUUAUUUAAAACAUCUCACUUUUGUUGAGAAAGAUAAAUGUUAAGUUGUUCUUAUAGAUAGGAAAACCUAUGUAAGUUUUAGUGUGCAUACCAGUUGAUGAAUAUCAGUAAUGCACAACAUUUGUGUCUACUGUGAAUAGGUAUUUUUAUACAGACUGUAUUUAAGCUCUUUUCUCACCAGUUUUUUUUUAAAAUCUUGUCCACGAUUCAGGGACAGCCAUUCCUUCACAGAUAGACGUUCUCUGUUGCUACCAGAGAGAUAUUUAUUUAUUUUUCCACAGCAUAAAUGCACUGUGCCGUACCUAGAUUGGCACAGUAUGGUAUGGUUUUCCAUUUCACUUUGCUCAGUUUGUUUUGGGUGUGCCCAAAACGUUACAGGAACCCAAUAUUUUUGGCAGUGACUCACUGCUGGCAUGAACCCAUGCUAGUUUGCGCAUGUUGUACUCAAAGUAACCAGAGCCACCCUUGCCCAGCCCUCAAAGGCGCUGACACUAUACCAUAACCAUAUUUGAGCCAGUGCAGGUACAGAAGGCUACCAGUGCAAUAGAAAAGUCUAAACUAUGUUUACAAAUGGCCGUGCCAUGCACGUCAGAUACAGUCUGGUAGUAAAUAUUCAAAUUUU